ACCUGUCGACAGCAGCAGGGAGCAUGCUGAGUGAAAUCGCACAACGCUUUUUUUUUUUUGCAGGACCUACACCCAGGGUCGUUAAAACAACUGGGGAGGCAUGUUUAUGCCGACAAAUCUAAAACCUCUGAUGACCCAAACCCAGGGUCUUUAAAAAACUGGGGAGGCAGUUUUAUGCCGACAAAUUGAUGAUUAAUGUUGAGGGCAAACGCCUUCAUCGUAAUGUUGAGGACCAUUCCCCGGCCCAAGUACAAGGUUUGCGUCCUGGGCGACCAGCAGCACUGUGACGAGGCCAAGGCCAACAACAUCCCUUGCAUGGACGCAGAGGCCCUCAAGAAGCUCAACAAGAACAAGAAGCUUGUCAAGAAACUAGCCAAGAAGUAUGAUGCAUUCCUGGCAUCGGAGGCCCUCAUCAAGCAGAUCCCUCGUCUGCUGGGCCCCGGACUCAACAAGGCUGGCAAGUUCCCCUCUCUGGUCACCCACUCAGAUCAGCUGGUCACCAAAGUGGAGGAAGUGAAAGCCACCAUCAAGUUCCAAAUGAAGAAGGUGCUGUGUCUGGCCGUGGCCAUUGGUAACGUCUCCAUGAGCGACGACGACCUGGUCAGCAACAUCGCCUUGGGCAUCAACUUCCUGGUCUCUCUGCUGAAGAAAAACUGGCAGAACGUGCGCUCGCUCUACAUCAAGAGCACCAUGGGAAAACCCCAGCAGAUUUACUAAGACCACUACCCACAUCCCCACUGGCAAAUAACGUCUGCAGGAAAGUGGCUCCGACUGCUGAAGUAAACUUAGUAGUCAUCAAUUGCCACAGCCCCGACUUCUAGUUGAUAACUAUUGACUAGGUCUUGUCCUGUUUGAUUUAUCAGUGAAGGAAGUGAAAAUGAAAACGUAAUGUACAUCAUAAAACUCAAGUGAACGUCGUAUUUUUGACAUUUGUUUGUCUAAACUGUUCACCUGAUAAUCAGCAACCAAGGUAUUUCCUCCACGAUGAUGGUUCAUCCAAAUUUGCAAUAACUAUGAUGGCUUCACUUUAAAACUAGUGCAUGACAUAUUCACGUAAAUGACCAAGAUGAUAUCCCUUAUUUCAUUACUUUUAAUCAUCAAAUUUAAUUCAGAUUGUAUUGAGAGAAUAUAUCAUGUACUGGUGCCCCACAAAAACACCCCAAGUCAACAUGUACAUGUACCACCAAGUUGAAACUGCUGGAGCUGAAUAAAACAAAUCGUGCAGAGAUGAAAGCAUCUGCGAGAAUCGUCGUUCCAU